AUGUCCGAAUCCAACAAGAGUAGGAGACAAGCUACGUUGGGGAGAUUCUUUGGUUCCAAUGCCGACCCGAAGGAGGCCCCCAAGAAACAAACAACCUUGGCUUUCUCAGGAAAGAAAGAUAAGGCCUCCAAGGCCUCUGCGGAAGUCUCUGCGGAAGUGAAUGGAGCUACUACGAAUAGGGCUAACGCCGAUGAGGUUGAUGCAGCGGAGUCUUCGAGCCGGAACACAAACACCGAAAAGACGAAUGGAAAGCAGGAAUCGAACAACCUCAAGAGGGAGAACUCCGGGGAAGAUAGCGAUGGGAGCGAUGUACAGCCUAUCCAGAAAAGGCGCCGGAAGAGUCCUCGGAAAUCUGAGUCCACCGAAUCCCCCAAGAAAAAGUCUCCUUCACCCAAGAGUCCGAAGUUGAAGAAGGAAACCAAGAAAAAAGAACCAUCCCCUGCCGCCACUAAGAAACCGUCCGAGGAGAAAACUCCGGAAGCGGAAUCCGAGCACGAGUCGCCAUCGGCCAGCGAAGAGGAAGAUGAAAAGCCAGGUGCCAUGAAGGAAACAACGGAGAAAGUACAGGCUACAUUGAAAGCAAGCGGGAAUGAACCAUACCCUGAUUGGAAAAUCGGCGAUCCUGUGCCCUACGCGGCGCUGUGUACGACUUUCUCCCUUAUCGAAAUGACUACAAAACGCUUGAUCAUUCUGGCUCAUUGCUCUCUGUUUCUGCGCCAAGUCCUUCGCUUAACUCCUCAAGACCUUCUCCCUACGGUGCAAUUAAUGAUAAAUAAGCUCGCCGCGGAUUACGCCGGCAUCGAGCUCGGAAUCGGCGAGUCUUUGAUCAUGAAGUCGAUCGGCGAGAGUACGGGUCGGAGUCUGGCAGUCAUUAAAGCGGAUCAACACGAAAUCGGAGACUUGGGUUUGGUGGCUGCUAAAAGUCGAUCGAACCAGCCAACCAUGUUCAGGCCGAAACCUUUGACUGUUAGGGGGGUCCAUGAAGGCUUAUUGGGCAUCGCUAAAGUCCAGGGCCAUGGAUCUCAGGAUAAGAAGAUAUCUGGCAUCAAAAAGUUGCUUUCCGCCGCCGACGCUGCUACAGCAGGAAAAGGUGGCAAUGGUGUUGAUAUUACCAAGGACAAGGGCGGUCCUAGCGAGGCUAAGUUCAUUGUUCGAUUCUUAGAAGGAAAGCUGAGACUUGGACUGGCCGAAAAGACGGUUCUUGUUGCGCUUGCUCAGGCUGUGGUUGCACACGAGGCAGCUCUCAAGGGUGAGAAUGCCCCUGCCGCAGAGAAGGUGGCGGAGGGAGAAGCAAUUUUGAAGACCGUGUACAGCGAAUUGCCUGCGUAUGAGGUCAUAAUCCCUGCAAUUCUUGAACACGGGCUACUUAAAUUAGGUGAAGUUUGCAAACUCCAGCCAGGUAUUCCUAUCAAGCCUAUGCUUGCUAAACCCACAAAAUCUCUUACCGAAGUGCUUGAUCGGUUCGAAGGAAGGGACUUCACGUGUGAAUAUAAGUAUGAUGGAGAGAGAGCACAGAUUCAUUACGUUGCCCCAGAUUCUAUUGACCAGUACCCCGGUGCCACGGCUACGUUACAAAGAGACACCAAGGGCCUUUCUGCAAUUUUCUCCCGAAAUUCCGAAGAUCUGUCCAAGAAGUAUCCGGAUGUGCUUGCCAAACUGGAUAGCUGGAUUAAAGAUGGCGUGACAAGUUUUGUGCUAGAUUGCGAGACAGUUGCUUGGGAUACCGAGAACAAGAAGGUUUUGCCCUUUCAGCAACUGAUGACCCGCAAGAGAAAAGAUGUCAAGGCAGAAGAUGUGAAAGUUAAAGUCUGCGUGUUCGCAUUCGAUCUUCUGUUCCUGAACGGGGAGACAACUGUUAAGAAGUCAUUGCGUGAGCGUCGUGAGCUGCUGCACCAAUCCUUCCAGGGUAUCGAGGGCGAGUUCCAAUUUGCCCAAUACGGCAACACCAACGUUGUCGACGAAAUCCAAAAUCUCCUAGAUGAUAGUGUCAAGGCAUCGUGUGAAGGUCUGAUGGUGAAGAUGCUGGAUACCGAAGAGAGUGGUUACGAGCCCAGCAAGCGGAGUCGAAACUGGCUCAAGGUGAAAAAGGAUUACCUCAGCGGUGUUGGCGACUCCCUUGAUCUUGUUGUUCUUGGAGCUUAUUAUGGCCGUGGAAAGCGCACUUCUGUUUACGGCGCAUUCCUCUUGGCAGCGUACAAUUCGAGCACGCAAACUUACGAGACGAUUUGCAAUAUUGGCACGGGCUUUUCUGAGGCCAUUCUGGAAGAGUUCCACAAAGCGCUCUCCCCUCUCGUCAUCGACCGGCCAAAGCCCUUCUACUCGCAUUCGACGGUGCCGAAGGACCAGCCCGACGUUUGGUUCGAGCCGCGACUGGUCUGGGAAGUGAAAACGGCCGACUUGACUCUCAGCCCGCGAUACCAAGCUGCCGCCGACGAAUUCGUCGGAACGACGGGGGGCGGGAAGGGCGUGUCUCUCCGAUUCCCACGAUUCAUUAAAUCCCGGGACGAUAAAAAACCCGAGCAAGCCACGACCACUCGAGCCGUGGCGGAAAUGUAUCGGAAACAAGAGGCGGUCCUGAAAGAAAAUGCCGGCAAGGGUGGCGUGGAUGAUGAUUUUGAGUAUUAG